CGUUUCGUUUCGUUUUGUUUUUGUUCCUUGUUGUUUAUUUGUUGUUGGGUUUUUUUUCGAUAUGUUUUUCUGUGCUCUAAAUAACAGCAUAUUGUCUAUAAUUGUUGAUGUGCUUGUUGGCAUUCAACUUAAAACGGUAAAUGUGCAUUGUACCCAAGGAGUUUUGUACCCGAUAUGAUUUAUGAAGAUUCUUGAAGGUGGUUGCGGGGCACCACAAGUAGGUCCGGUCCAUAGGUUCUUCUUUCUUUUCUAUCCGUUGUUUCCGUCUGACUCUUAUGCUCUUUCUCUUCAAUACCGUUAUUAUUGUUCUAAUGUACUUCUCUUUUUUACUUAAACAAAUUUUUUUAUUAUUGACUUGAAAUCGUGCUUGAUGUUGAGUGAAUGCUGGACCAAACUGGUAGCUUAUAGCAGCAUAACCCAGCUGUUUUGGAUGACAGAGUUUUUCAAGUCUUCACUAGAUAGAAGUUAAGCAUUUUCCCCCCGCUUGUUAGAUCACAAAAAAGCACAACCAAAAUUGUAAGGAUGCUUGGGCAAUCCCCAACAUUGUAUUAUAAUUUAGGAAAACUAAAGGUUUAUUACACGAAUCCUGGUAUAGGAAAACCCCCCACCAAAAAACAACAGAGUCUUCAUUAAAGAGAAACUUGAUCCGUGAAGCAUGACUGGAGCGCCCCUCUUUGUAGAACCGUGAGAACAAGUAGAUUACCUUACAUUAUCUAUGUAUCUAUCUAUCCAUCUAUAUAUAUAUAUCUAUCUCUCUAUCUCUCUAUCUCUCUAUCUCUCUAUCUCUCUAUCUCUCUAUCUAUCUAUCUAUCUAUCUAUCUAUCUAUCUAUCUAUCUAUCCCACAAUACACAGACAGCACAUGACAUGCGCCAAAGAAAAAUCUGGGGAUGCUCAGAGAUUGUUUACGUGAUGACAUCAUCACAACAAAGCUACCCCUGGUCUUCUCCUUCUUCCGCUAAGUGUUCCGUCGCUCCAUCCAAUAGAGAGAACAAAGCCAGCCGCUGGCUGUUUGCCCAGUGUCCAGUGUCCAUUGCUAAGGGCCGGUAACAGUACACUUCAAGAACGCCUGCACUGUGACAGAGGUUCCGUGGAGCAGUACAUGGCAUUGAGCUCACACAAGUCAGCGUCUGGGAUAGGUUUUUGCACCCCAUGGAUUAUCAUUUUUUUAGCUGAACGGACUCAGUGCAAUACAGCAAUCGGGAAAUUCCACUCGACUUUUGUUGUGUAGCGUGAGGUGGUGUUCCUUCCUUGUGGCCAUCUAAAAAUAAAACGUUUAUAAUUAUAGAUAGAAAGAUAUCUCAACAUGGAUCCUUUUGGGAUUUCUGAGUUUGACGACUUGAGUUCGACGCCGACAGAUACGACGACGACGACAAAAUCAGCUCUGGACGAGUUUGACGUCAUUUUCGGAACGGGCUCGGUUCCCAGUGGUGGGGGCGGUGCUGCUGGGUCUUCCGCUUCCUCCGAGCCGCCCAAGUUGUCGGAGACCAAGGGACAUAACCUCCUGUUCAGUCUCGACGAGGGAGAUAGCUCCACGACUUCCGGGGCGUUUCCCGCGUCUUCCUCGUCGUCGGCGGACACUGCCGCUACAGCAGUUGACCUAUUUUCUGGCCUGGACGAAGCGAGGCGGGCUGAAGACAGCGUGACUACCCGGGAUCUCUUCGACGAUCUACUCGAUUUUACGCCGUCUUCUGGACCAGGUACUCAGGCUUUCGGGGAUGGUCAGGGAACGAAUGGUUUUUCUGCCACUGAGGUGGACUUGCUGUCUGGUCUAGGCAACAGCACGAGUGACUCCGUAGAUGUCCCACCUCCGCAAGUGACCAAAGGUCCACCGGACUUGCUAGAUUUCUUUGACGACGUCUCCGCCGACCUGCCAGAGGUGUCAAGCUUUACCACACCCUCAGACAACCAGACUGAUGAAACUGAUGGGCCGGUGUCUGUCGUGAAGUCAAGUCCUGAGGUGAGCGCAGAGACGGAAUCUUUCCCCGAUAUCCUGGUAUCCACACCCAGUGUUGACGUAAAUGACGGCGUCAUGGAGGGGAAGACAGUAGAGGUGUCGGAGGAAGAGAAGAUGGAUGGAAAGGGAGAGAAGGAGAUGGUGGACGGGAAAGAGAAUAGAGAGAUUGUUCAGAUGGAAACCCAGGCACCGUACAAUCCUGACCAAGACAUGCUGGACUUCUCUGUUGUUGCCAUCCCAGACUCUUCACAACUGAACUUUGACCUCAGUAAACACAAGAGGUUGCUGAGCAAAAAAGGGUCUAUUGCACGUCGGAAGAAGCCAAGUCGGGCGGCCAUCCUAGCGGGGAACGAGAACAGCGAGGAGAACCGAUUCAACGACUCGACAGAACCGAGACCAGCAAAACCACCUGCAGAAGACAAGGAAGAGGAGAAAACUGCUGUUGUUGAACCCGAACCCGAGCCCAACAAACCAGAGGAGGCAGAGCCGGUGAUCAAGAAGUUUGCUGGGGGUGUCAAGAUACCAGGGUUGCUGGAGGGUCUUACAAAGUCUAGGUCAUUCAAGCGAGCAGAAAGAAAACAUUCCCCCGAACGCAAUGAGAGCUCUGUGCCUGGAUUUCCUGCCCAGGCUGCCAUGAAGCCCCCAAGUCCAGUUGUUCCUGUUACUGCUGACAACUCCGUCUCGGGCCUGGCAUCGAGCUGUGGGUCCGCCCCGGCCCCGGCCCCCGCCCUUGCCCCCACCCCGGCUGUAAGGCCAAAGCCAGUGGCCCUGCCUCGUGUUUUGCCCAAAACCCUUCCGAGUAAACUGCUGAAAGAUUCGAAAAAUGUUAGUACGGCAAAGGAGUCCACAGAAAACACUGAAGCGAAUGUUGCACUUGAAACGGAUAAGAAAACGGUAGAGGUGAAAAAUAGUUCUUCUCUGUUCCAAGAAAUGAGAAGCAGAAAGAUGGAGGAUUCGGCGUCAGUCAGUGCAGCGCCCCCAUCACCUGACUCGAAGGUCGCUCCGCCCGCUGUUGGUGCCGCCGCUCCGAAACUUGCUCGACGUGGAGGUCCCCCGCCACCCUUGAAGCCAAAACCCGAUGGUCGAGUCCCACCUACCAUCCCCAGUAAACCUGUUCUGCCUUCAAAACCGAAAAGAGCGAGUUUGCUGGGGUCACCUGCUGUAGAUUCUCCUCCUAAGGAAACCUCGCAGGCUUCUGAGUUCCCCACAAAGAAACCUUUGCCACCCCUCAGCAAACCAAACCCACCUCCACCAUCUUCAUCAUCGUCAUCCUCUUCUGCAGAUGCUCCUGUGUCAAGGAGAGAUCUUCUUCGCACUACUGGAAGUUUCAGGGUAGACUUGAGUAAGUCGAAUUCAGAGAUACCGCCUAAAAAAGAGCUGAAACCUACCGGAAGUUUUCGAUCAACACUCGGUAAAACUUCAGACACUCCCACCAGUUCGUCUUCAUCUUAUCUCGCAAGGCUGAAGUCAGAGUCAGAGAAUAGAAAGAAGUCUGAUGCAGAAAAAGCCAAUGGUGAAGAAUCGAAAGAAAAAAGUGAAAAUCUAAAAUCAGGUAAUUCUGGCAUAUCAGGCUCUUCUUUGUCCUCCAUCGAUGCCAGUGACAAAUCAUCGGAGAGAGAAAAGAAUGACGCCAUGAAGGAUGUGGAGCAGACGACUAAACUGCGCAGGAAGUCCAGUGUCAGCCAUGUCGAAUCCCCACUGGAAAAGGAUAGAAGUUCGUCCAUUUCUUCCCGCAAAAGUAGCAUUUCAGGCAGCGCUUACGCUCCGAUUGGAUUCCGCUCUCCGCUCAGUGGCUCGGAUAAUGAGUCCAAAUCAAGAGGGAGUUCUGUCUCCAGCUCCGAUGCCACACCAUUCGGCACCAGUGCCACACGCGUUGAGUUACGGUCAAGGGACAAUUCAUUCAAUAGCUUUGAGGGUCAGAGGUCACGGGAUAACUCUGUGAACAGCACUGCACACAUCGAGCUUGCAGGAUCUACUGUGUCGUCAUCGACUACAGACUCGUCAGUGAAACAAUCACCACUAUCAGUUGAGAAGAGUCCUCAGCUCACUGUGAUUUCGAAAGAAGAGGAGAACAAGAAAGAGAAAGCAGAUGACACGAACAAGCAACUCCGUAGCAGCAGCAUCAGUAACACACCUACGACAGGACCAACGUCGAUUACGCCCACCAAGACAAAGCUAACCUCCAGCGCCAAUGGGCGCAGUAACCAGAACGAAGCCGCGGACAAAAAGCCAAUGUUUGGUGUGCAGCUGAGGAAGGUGGACAAAAAGACACCCCAAGGAAAUAAUUCCCCAUCCCAGCCCAAAGAAGAAGAUGAGUCACCCGUGAAGUGGAGACAACAGCUGUCCAACAAACGGCGCAGCUUUGUUCCUGACAAAGAGCCAGAAAAACCAAAGUCUGACUCCACCCCAGAAUGGGCUCGAGCUUCUAUUGCCCGUCGCAAAAGACUGAUGGAUGCCGGCGUCAUCAAGUCAGAUCGCUGAUCAGAAACGACAGAAUGAGGAAAUUGGCCAGAGAGAGAAGGAAGAUGGGAGAAACAGCGAAGUGACCAGGUGUACAAAGUCUCUGCCUCUUCAUGUGAACAUGCUGUCUUUGUCUUUUGUGUACAGAGACAUAAUAUGGUUCUACGGAAUUAUUGGACGACGUCAGGAAAGAAAAUGAUUUUAAGUAUGAUGAAAGGAAAUUCUGUUGGGGAGGGUGGAAGGGGGAGGGGGGGGGGGCGUGAAGGAAAAGACAUGAUUAUGAAGUAAAUGACCCAGAUGCAUAUUAGAUAAGGGGUGUCAGUGGUAGUAGAGUGGUUAGGUUGUUUGACACGAAGUGAAAAUGUGGGGGAUUCAGUUCUUGCUGGCCCUGCUGUUACUCCUCUUUGUGUUGUGGAGUUGUGUUUUUUCCAUCCUUGUGGUACAUGUUUCUAUUCUGCUUUGGAGGGGGGGGGGGGGCAGACUUAUGGUGGACUAAUGUUCUGUCAUGGGGGUGUUAACUUGUUUCAAGUGCUCUUCUUGGAAAUAUGGAGACCAUGAUAAGUUCUGCCACUGAGGGUCUAUUACGCGGGCAGUAUUGCAUACAGCCCGUGAUUAAGAAUCCUGAAAGGAACUCAAUUGCUCCGUGACGUUGAGAACAAAGUGAUGUUAUGGUGCACACUUUGUUGUUGUUUGUUAAAGAGGCAAAAAGAAAAGCUCUAUUGAGCUUUGUUUAUGCGAACUGUUACUGACUAGGUUGUGUAAAACUGUGGUGCUAGAACAAAAAGUACAGGCUGUUGUGACCUGUGUCGCCCUGUUGUGACACGUCUGGCUGUGUGUAGAGCUGUUGUGACACGUCUGGCUGUGUGUAGAGCUGUUGUGACACGUCUGGCUGUGUGUAGAGCUGUUGUGACACGUCUCUCAGUGUGUAGAGCUGUUGUGACACAUCUUGUAAUGUGAAGAUUUAAAGUUUUCCUUCCAUUCACUCAUUGCUUAUGAUCUGGGAAGUGUGGGAAAGUUGACAUAGCUCUCAGAGUAAUGUAAUUAGAUGAAUGUUUGAAAUAAUGUAGAAAAGUGAAACUUAAUGGUUGAUUGCAAGAUGUAAUAUGUGUAAUUAUAAUAACUAUGAAGUGGAUAUAUGCCAGUUUGUAAAGAGUUUAUUAGACAUUUUGUAGUGUAAGGGCCCUGUUACUGUUCCUUUAUGCCAUGAUGGCUGCCAUCUAUACCUUUUUAUUCUUUCAAAAGUACGCUUUACGAAGAACCAGUCUUAGGUCUGGCUUCUGUCACAGACAUUUAAAUUGAUCUCUGAUUUGCUCACUUUUUGAUGAAUGUUGAAAAUUAAAUUAAUCGUAAUGCAUGUACCAUACAUUGACUGCUCAGCGUGAGUCUCCGUCAUACAUCACUUUUCAAAAUGACGUAUGGUGGAGUCUUACACAAAGUGAAGCUGUUGACUUCUUUGUCUCUACUGGGUUUUCAGUUUUAUCCUGCUGUUGGAGAUUAUUAUAGAAAGAAGACUUAUAAAAAGGUUAUUAUAGAAA